UUUAAAGAACUCAGGUAUUAGAAUUUCAACCUAUUGAUCAGUGGGCCUUUUAAAAUCAAACAUCCGUGAAAUAGUACAAUUACCAAGAAGUUCAUGUUCAAAAUGGAAGGCCAACAAUUAUAUUUGUUUUUAUUUACUUUUCUUGCUUCUGUGAUCCAGAGCAAGGCUUCUUGUUACUACUACACUAGUAGUUAUUACUGCUAUUAUUACUACAGUUACGACUAUGGGAAUAGUCAUUGGAGCACCGCACGAAUAAUUGGUUCAGCUGUUGGAGGAGGAAUCAGUUUCAUAGUGUGUAUUGUGGUAAUGAUUCUGUUAUGUAGAUUUUGUCGUAGACGUCCAGCUUACAAUGGGACAACAUUGACAAAUGGCCAAACAGUGUCUACAGUGGCUACUAGUGGAUCUCAACAACAGGGCUACAGUGCUCCAUACUAUCCACAACAGCCGGGAUAUCAGCCACUUUAUACAUAUCCUACUUAUCCAACCGGUCAGCAGACUUACCCAACCGGCCAGCCAACAGGACAACCCCCUAUGGCGGGUUAUUCUAAUUUUGCAUAUAAUCCUCCGUCGUAUGAACAAGCAGCCUAUCAAACUAAGCCAAAUGAACAACCAACUGCACCACCACAGUAAAUAUGCGACCACUUGUACUAAGGAUAUUAUUUGCUAGCAGAGUGAAAAAUGUUCUAACUUUAUUUAAUGGAGCUUUCUUUUUUAUAUUCAAACUCUCAUAUAUGUCUCCAAAUGCAUGUAUAUGAAAUGUUGCUUUAAUUCAUCCAAGAACUUUAGAAAAUGCAUUACUCCGAUAUAUAGCAAACGCCAUUGACAAUACCAAAGAGCAAAGCCAUGAUACUGUUUUUAUUAUUAAAUGUUUUUUCAAAAGUAUUCGAACACGUGGUAAUUAUACUUAUAUCAUAUAACAACAUUGGGUUUGGUAUUGAGAAUAUCUAUUGAGUCUCAGUGGUAGAAAAAAAAUCAGGAAAAAAACACUUCAAAUUUUCUACAAAUUGCAUGUGAUUUUUAUACUUUUCUCAGGUUUGAUUUAUUACAAAAUGUAUGUGGUUAAAUGGAGGUAACUUAAGUGACGUACAUCCGACAUAAUUAUUAUCAAUGCGUGUUGAAGGCCAUAGGAUGACCUAUAUUUGCUUAUAUCCAUGUCAUUUGGACUCUGUGGAUAAAUGUCUCUUGUGCAAUCAUUCGACAUCUCCCGUUAUUUCUAUAUUGCUAUAGUUUCGCAAUGACAUUGUUUUUUUAAAUACCCUAUCUGUCAUUUCGUAAUCAAUGCUGGACAAUAAAAAAGGCAGCUCAGAUAAAACUUUAGUCAAAGCGUUAAACAAAGGAAUGAUUGACAAGAUCGAUUUUGAUAGAUAAACACGUCUACCUUAGCAAACAUAAAUUGUAAGACUUAUACAUGGUGUUGAUAUAUAAAUGUUUGUAGUCUCAAGGUACUUUUAAAAAUAACAUAUGAUUCCUACAUACUGAAAUAAUAUGAUUAACACUGUAAAUAUGUAUUUGUUUGUGUGUGCUCACAAGAUGUAUACAUUUAUCCACUGUAGUUCUAAAUACAGUUGUAAAUAUAUGAUCUAUACCUUGCACAUGUAAUGUGGAGAAAGCUUUUAUAGGAUGUGCCUGUUGCUCAAUCCUAUUCAUAUCUUAAUGAAUAUAUAGUAUUCUUGCUAUGGUGUAAGUAACUUACAAACGAUAAUUACGAUACAUUACGUCAUCAUUUGUGCGCACGGUCAACGCUUUUAAAACCCUAUAAAAUUACUAAAAGAAGCAUUCAAUUCUUAUAAUUACAUUUUUUUGCUAGGAUUAUAAAAACACGAUUUCUAUCAAGUUUUUCUUUUAUUUACCUGUGCAUUUUAUUGUGGAAGCUCGUGUCGUCAUGAAUGUUACAUUUCAUUUAGAAAUGAAGGUUAAUUUCAGAAUGACGCGAGACUGCUGUUAGUCAAUCAAAAUAACGUAUUAUAAUGAAACAUACAAGUAAUGAAAUUAUGAUACACACAAAAUUGUUACAUUCAUUUCACCUUUUUUUAUCUAAAUUUUUUACCUUUGUAAAAAAAGUAUCAACAUAAAUCAUAUAUUACUUCUCACUUUAAAGUAGCUUUUUUCGUGAGAAAUUAGUAAAGUUUGACGUAAGGGGCCUUCGAUUCAUGCGAGUUUAAUCAUAUGUUUGAUGUACAAAAAUGUACGUCAGCAUAAGGAUCGAUGUCGUUUGAAUGUGAUCAUAUAAAUGUCACAUAAAUUUAUAAAGUACAAAUUUACAAGUUUUAUGAUAUGGUGCUUUUUAUAAUGCUUAAUACAAUCUAUUGAAAUGAAGUUUUUUAUUUUAUAUUAAUGAGUGUUUUUUCUACUGUAGAUAGAACAAUUAAAAUGGAUUCUUAAUACA